CCCACUUUCAUCUUCUGUCGGAAGUGAUCUCCAAGGCGAAGCUUCCCAGAAUGGAACACUCGCAAGGAAUGGAACCACUCCACGACAGGUACUUGGUUCCUGGUUUCUACCUCGUCGAGCGACAAUCUUUUCAUCAUCCGGAAGUAUUUUCAACGGGAGGAAAACUACUUCUUCUAAUACGCCGAGCAAUCAUGAUGAUGUUAGGACAUCAAAAUCUACAACUUCGUCACCGAAGAUAUUAAACAUCAGAGAGAAGAAGAGCAACAACCAAGUGCUUCAUCUGCCAGAAGAAGAUGACACAAUAAAGAAGAACACUUCUUCUACGUCGACGACUACGGAUGAAGAGCGCGCCUCUUCUUCACUCUCUACUUCGAACAAAAAGCCCCAGGAACAACAGGCAUUCGACCUUCCUCCUUCACACGACUCUCGUAAAAAUCUUACAUCACAACCUCCAUUAACAUCAAGUGCACAACCAUCAACGUCAGACUCAUCAACCUCAAAGCACAACGACCGCAUGAUGA